AUGAGCUGCCAUCGGCCUGAUUGCGAAUGGCUUCAACUCAAAAACCUCACUGGGCUCAAGGUGCCGACACUCGCUGCAAAUGCCGACCUUUCAGGUAUCGGAGUCAUUGUGGGCUUCUCCAUGUCGGCGUACCUCACAUUGCUGAUGCUCCUACUCCACUACAUCACCAUCUUCGACCUUGGGAAUACGGGUAAUGAACAUACAGCACCUGUCAACUCAGUCGACUAUGGAAUCCUUACUUGGAUUCGCUCUCACAUCCUCUCCUGGAGACCCAGCAGACGCUUCAACAAAGCCAUGGAGAAGUCGGUUUUGACUCUCGGCGAUUUGAAUGUUGUCACAGGCAUUGGAAUCUUGAUUGCCGGCUACUCGCAACUCAAGUGUGGUAUUUCUGCUUAUCACUGGCAGAUCAUGGUCUUCAUUUCCUGGUUCGCUAGCUUCUCUUUCGUAUCGGCCAUGACUUUUCUCCAAGGCUACUUCCGAGUCAACAGCACCAUGCGCCUUAUACGCAUCUCUUUCAUGGUCAUUUUCGUAGGCUUGUUAAUAAGCGCGUUGCUCCCAACUGGGUCGAGAAUGUGGCUGAACGCAUACCCCGACGACACCGAGGGCUUCUACCCUAGCAUGAACGCCGCCUGCUUUUUCACUGAACUUCGCAUGCCUGCCAAGUUCCAUAAGGGCGCCAAUUUCUGGACCAUGAUCUUCUCUGUCCUUCUCAUUUUCGGCUCUCACUUCCAUUGCGGUAUACGCCUGUUCGACCCAACUGCAGGCACCUCGCGUAAAUAUCUUCGGACGAUACCCGGUAGGAAAUUCAAACAAGUCCUCUACUCCAUGGAACGCAGAGCAGGCAAAUCUUACAGUCUUCAUGCUCUUGUCUGGAAGGCUGUAUAUCUGUUUACAUACGCCAUCUUUACCUUUGUUCGAGCUGUCUACGACAUAUGCGAAUCGAUGCUUGCAGAGAUAAUCUGGUUAGCAUUUGCAAUGGCAUGGGGCACCAUCAAAGUUUGGUUGACGCGCGCUUCAGCAACAAUCAAUUUCGACGGCAAGAAUUAUACCUCAAAUUCGCUCUCCGAAGAGAACUUCUGGUCGUUCGGUCAAAUCCUUCCGUUGGUCUUAUUCCUGCUGCCCUUACUCUCCAUGGCUCAAUCGUACCUUGAAGACAAUGCGAAAGAAGAGGAACACAUGCGAGCAAUUGCAAGCCCCGAGAUUACAACGCGAAACGAAGAACCGAAGCACGUGACUGUAAGAGCAUUUACUGACACCACCGACGCGAGCAAUGCGGCUUUUGUUCACUCAAACACGUGGACUUCCUUCAACCUGGAUGAGACAAAGCGUACUAGGCUUGUCGAUCUCCCCCCUUACCCCUACCUCAACUUCUCUUCGCAUUCAUGGUACCGCGACCACCUUGCUCUUUUGUUGUUUCAGAUCCUUAUGGCAGCCACCACGGCGCUAUACUUUCUCACGUCAUUGGGCGACGUCCUCGGCAUUUCCUCUAUCCUCCGUAGCCGACUCUUCGUUAUCUGGGGGCUGGUGUUCAUCCCGCUGGCUUCGUUGCUCCAUUUGACAAUCUGGUAUCUUGGUGCAUUGGUCGUAGGGUCAUGGCCAGGGCCAGGUGCUAAGAAUUGGUUGAUGGGAAAUGGAGAGGGGUGGAGGAACAAGAGCAAAAAGAGUAUGUUGGGGCGAACGGUAUUUUGGACCUGCAGGAUAGGCCUUAUACUCGGUUUACUGCUGUUCACAUUCUUCCUGAGCAUGGAAAUUGCAGGACCGCAAUCGCUAUGGCCGUAA